AUGGGUUGGUUCGGUUUCGUCUCCGACGAUGAUUCCGAAGAUGCGAAUAAUGAAAACAACAUCGACCAGUACCCGGACGAGGCGCACUUGCAAAUGUACGAAGAACAACCGAGAGUGAUCCCGGCGGGCCAUUACGUGGUCGUCGCGAGAGUCAUCGAGGCGAAAGAUUUACCAUCGAUUAGAAGUUUUGAUUUGUGGCAAACGGUGACGAGUUUCUCCUUGAAACAAGCGACGGAGAACGCCGACGCGCUCCCAAACGUGACGACAAAAGUGAAACUAUCAAGAGCUGGGUUCCCGCAACAAAAGAGGAAAACAAUCGUGGAGAAAGAAACGUCGCAGCCGCUUUGGAACCAGUGUUUUUAUUUCGAAGGGAUGGACUUGGCCAACGGCGAGUUGGACGGGUGCGCGGUGAACUUCGAGGUGUCGGACAGGAGGAAGUUUGGGAAAGACGCGACGAUUGGUUCCGUGGAAUUGGAGUGUUCGAAAGUGUUCGAAGAGCACGAACACAAGGUUUGGCACAGGUGGUACCAUUUGACAGAUCCGAGCGGGAAGAGGCAAGGGAGUCAAGGACAGGUGAAGAUUUGCGUGCAAGUUUUACGGAGAGGCGACGAAGAGGCGACGAUGGCGAAUAUGGACCCCGAAGAUUCAGAUUCAGAUUCAGAUUCAGAUUCAGAUUCAGACGACGAUGACGAGAAGAACGACAAAGCGAAGAACAAACUGGCGAAGAAGUCGUUCUUAGCCUCUUUGAUGGAAAAAGAAACGGAUACCCCGGCGGAGGAAGGCGAAAUCGAGAUUUGGGCGAUUAAAGCGAACGUGUACAUCGGGAAAGAUUUACCGAGAAUGGAUUGGCCGAAUUUAGGUGGCGCCGGAAUUGAUGCGUACGUGAAGUUGUCUUGCGGGUCGAGCGCAGUUCCGGCAAAUUCGAAAGUUCGUCGAUCGAAAAAUCCAGAGUGGAACCAAGAGGUCAUCAUGCGAGCGCGAGUGGCUGGAGGGAAGUUUGGUGGCGUCGGCGCGUUGCCGCCGCUGCGCUUAUCCGUGAUGGAUUACGAUUUAACCGGCGACGACGACCACGUCGCGUCUACUUCGGUGUUGAUCAGAGAUAUUAUCGCGCAGCCAAAGGCGCACGCGAAACCGAAAUGGUACUGCUUUUACGGCGGCACGAGAAACUUAGAGUCCUCGUUUCGAGGUCACGUCUCAAAAUUAGCGAAAAGAAUGAACGCUGGGUAUUUAGAAGGCUCGGCGUAUAGAGGAAGGGUGUUGAUGUCCUUCGAGGCGACUCGAGAGGAAACCGGAAAAAGAGCGAGUCGCGCCAAAACUCGGAUACCCAAAGUGAGCGAUAAACUGAGCCGAGAGUGGCCGUGUAUUUUACACUCGGAAGUGUUAGACGUCGAGUUGUUUCAAACCAACUCGAAAGGGAAAAAGUGUUACGUGGAAGUCGAGAUGGGAUUAUCCAAACGCACGUCUCCAAAAGCGACGUUGAAAUCCGAGCGAGAUCCUUUGGUGAGAGAAUGUUACGCCGAAAUCAACUCCGCGUUGGCGCCGUUGCAAGUGAACUUACCGAUGCCUUUCGAUGGCCCACACGCCGGAGAAGGUGCACCGGAUGUGUUUAUUCGCGUAUGCGUCGCGGGGAAGUCGAUCGGAUUUGCCCGAGUUCCCGCGAAAAGGUUAACUCCGGUGGACGAAACCAUGGGCCCUUUGCAACCGCCGGAUGAGAAAAACUUACCAAACGGAUGGAACGUUCAAGGGUGGUUUCAGUUACAAGCGGACGCGUUGACGAAUCACAAGAAGGGCCAAUCGCGAUCUCUCGAGCACGUUAAACCAGUAGGACAAGUCUUGAUUCGAAUGAUCAUACGAGGUAAUCCAAACUUGAAACGCCAAGCGAAAUUGGACGCCGAGGAAGGCGCGGAGGAAGACGGCGACGCCGAAGCGUUAGCGUUGAACGAAGAGUACAAAAAUUUAGAUCCAGCCGAUAAAAAACAGAAAGAAGAAUUAGAAAAACGAAGGAAGAAAAUGGAGAGGAAAAUGAGAGGCGCGGUGGACGAGCUGGAAGCGAAACCGUUGAAACCGAUGGAGAAGCGGAAGUUUAUGCUACACGUGGAAGCGUAUCAGGCGAUGAACUUACCGGCGGCGGAUCCGAACGGUGCGAGCGAUCCCGUCGCGGUCGUUCGGUGUGGUCGAGCAGUUGUUCAAACGCAAACGCUCAAAAGUACCGUCUCGCCGUCUUGGUUUCGGGACUUAUUCGUGGAGAUUGAGUUGCCGCUGUUGCCACCGACAGCGAUUGAUCCCACCAGAUCGGAUUCUGAUUCAGACUCGGAUUCAGACUCGGAUUCGGACGACGACGACGACGAUUCCUCCUGGGACGAAGACAAGCUUGAAUCCAAAUUGCUCAAGAAACGAAUGAAAGACUAUCGGAAAAUGAACAAAGCCAACAAAUCCGGAGGAGGUAGAAAAGGCGGGGGAUUACAAGGUCUCGAAGGCAUCGCGUGGUGGGCAGCGCCCGCGAUGACCAUCUUAGUUUUCGACGAAGACGAAGAGACGCUCAUCUCAGGCGCCGAUAUCGAUCCGUUAUCGGUUUUGAUGGUACCGUUGUUACACCCGUCCGAAAUGCGCGCGAAAAACGCUGGAUCUUUAGGCGGCUAUUCCGGUCUAGCGUCCUCGGUGUCCUUCUUUAGCGACUUUUCGCUCGAUCCCAACAAACCCGAUCGAUACGAUGAAGUCUUGGAACACGUGCACCACGCGGCAGAAGAUAAACAUCCUUCUCCGGAAUGGUACGAAAUGGUGAAACUGAACCCGAACAGCUCUAAUUUGAACGCUAACGGUGGCGAGUUGCUCAUGCACUACGAGGUGUUGCCGUUGCCAAUCAUGGGCGUGGCGAACUUCGUUUUAGGUCCGCAAAUCAAAGUCCAGUGGGAAAAUGUGAAACCGCGACUCGAACACGUAGCCACGAGACAAAUCAAAGAUUAUUUUGGUUUCGAAGCGGUGGAAGUGAGCGUGUGCUUGAUGGGCGUCAGAGGUUUGUUGCCGUAUAAGCAAUUUGCAGCGCACAUGCCUAAGGUUGAAUUUGAGUUGACCGGAUGCGUUCCGUUGUUCGAAGGUUCCACGGAACACGUGAAAUCGAGCGCGUUCAGGAAUUUACCGAACGGUCCGAACGCAAACUUCAACGGGCAAACGUUAACGUUGAGAGGUUUAGUACCGAGACUAACGAAGAUUUAUACCUCGUUAUCCAUUCGAGUCAUCGACGCUCGCCCGAUAAAACGCUUAAUCGGAACUGGCGAGCAACAAGUUUUCCUGCGACGAGACGAGCUCGCGUUACUCGAGAAGAAAGGCUCGAACUUAGUCUCGGUCAAGCGAAAAGGUACCACCGCAGACGAACGGGAAAAGUUGCUGGAAAUCCUCAGAGACGAAACAAUCUCGGACUACUCGUUCGACAUCGACGACGGCACUGCGACGCUGGUUUCGCAAUCAAAUACGAUGACAGAUGCGUCCUCGGAUUACGUCGCGAGAGCUAGAGAAGAAGUUUUACGGGAACGUUUGAGACAUAACGAAGAGGUGAGAAGUUCAGCUGGGAAAUCAGUCCUUUCCAAGUUUUUAGGCGGCGUCGGCGGCGGCGGCUCCUCCGGUCCUCCGGCGGCGUCGGCAAGACAGCAGCAGCAAUUCGAUAUCGAGAGCGGUUACGGCGGUACCAAUCGCACGAAUCCAACUACGGCGACUAAAUUUUUAUCCUCGAAGCAGAAGCGAAAAGCGUUGAGUCGAUCCAUCUCGCAACGGUACGAAGCCGAGCAAGUCUCGGCGAAUGCGAGGAACGUUGAGGAAUCGAGGAGCGAAGGCAAAUCUUUACGUCAAAUGCGCAAAUCGCGAAAAGCAGACUUCAAAAAACGCAAAGAAGAAACUCGUCGACAACGCCAAAUGUUGCGCGAUGGCGUAGAUUCAUAUAAAACGCAGUCGCAAUACGCUAACGCUCAACACGAAAUUGAUGACAUGAUGUCGAGGUUUACGAAAUCAAAAUCGAGACGGAUGAAAACGCUCACGGAAGGAAGAGAGUACGGAGAGUCGUCGUCCUCAGAUCAGGGCUCAUCGGAUUCGGGAACUUUGGAUGGCUCCGGUGCAGCCACAGACAGCGAACCAGAGUCUGUCGAUGGCGAUAUGAACGCUGUGGAUGAGAACGAGUUGAACAAGCGCUUGCAAGAAGAGCAGGAGAAGGUCGAAGAGGCGGCGGCGGCGGCGGCGCUCGAGGCAAAAGCUAGUAACGAAGACGAUGAAGAAUUGAACCGAUCUAAGAAGAAGCAGAAGAAAGUGGCCACUUUCGACGACGGUUCCGGUAACGUUCCAGAGUGGAUGAACGACCGCAUGCUUUUACCAAUCGGUACUUUAGAGGAAGAGCUCGGCGACGUGGCGAUGACCAACGUUCCGAUCUACCGCGCCGAAGGUUUCGAAGAUAACUCGUCGAAGCGAGAGGUCGGAGGUUACGUCAAGUUUUGCUACUCGGUGUCGGAAUUGAGACGAAAGUAUUUCGGCUCUUCCGAAGAAGAGCACGAGUACAUUCACGGCCCACCAGAGAUUCUCAAACUCGAUUACCUCGGUAACCCGAAGAAAGAUAAGCCGGCGGUGGCGGCGAAGAAAGCCAAAAAUGCCGCCAUCAUGCAAAACACUCUCUGGACGCCGGACAAGACCACGGCGACAAUAAGCGAAGAAGAGUUUCUCAAAAUCCAAAAGCAAGCCGGCGGUUAUCUCAACGACAACCAACCGAUGAUGGGCGAACAACCGCGACCGGUAACCGUGAGAGCGUACGUCAUCAGAGGGAAAGAUUUACGACCAAUAGAUCAAUCCGGCUUGUGCGAUCCGUACUUAGUGGUUUCCGUCCCAGGUACGAAUAUUAAGUUUGGCAAUUCGAAGGAGAGAAUCGAUCGCACGUGCACGCCGUGGUUUUACAAAACCUUCGAGUACAAAACGGAAUUACCCGGUAACGGUCUUUUGAAAUUUGACGUCUUCGAUUACGAAAAGUAUUCCUCGGAUGUUUUUCUGGGACAAUGUUUGGUCGACGUGGAAGCGCGAUUACUCUCUGAGCGAUGGAACACGGAGAUGGGCGAUAGGCCUCCUCUGGAAAUCAAACAACUGUUGGACAAACACGGCAACGCCGGUUUCGGCGAGCUCGAAAUCAUCGUCGAAAUCCACGACGGUCACGACAACAUUCCGAAAGCGUUGGUGAUUCAACCGCCACCCGUGGUUGAAGUCGAAAUGCGCGUCUGUGUGUUUAAAGCGCGAAAUAUGGUGAACAAAGACGUCGGUGGAAAGAACGAUUUGUAUUUCAAGUUGAAUGUUAUCGGUCUCGAUCGAACUUCUUCUCGAUUCACAGAAACGCAGUCCACGGACAUUCACUGGUUUGCCAGAGACGGCGUCGGUUCGUUCAAUUACAGAAACAUUUUCCAGUUGACUUUACCGUGUAAUCGCAUUGCCUUGAGAGUUUCCGCGUACGAUAAAGAUUUGAUCUCCGGCGAUGAUAACAUCGGCGAAAACAAGAUAAACUUAUCGAAAAUGUGUAAACAGUUGAUCCGAAAUGUUUCGACGUUUGGCGAGAUGUCGCCAGAGUGCGUCAUCGAACACAAAUACGACGCGAACGAAGAACCGUUUUCUAUGAACCCGUUCAAAAGCAUGAUGGACGGUCCUAUGCAAGGCAAGUGGUUGAAGAUGUUCCAUCCGACGUUACCGGGUGAGUCUCAAGGGGAAGUCGAGAUUAUGAUCACCUUGUUGCCUCGAAAGCAAGCGGAAGAGAGACCGGUUGGUAAAGCGAGAGAUUUGCCGAAUCGAGAUCCAGAGUUGAAGGAACCUGAUCGAGCGCAUUUGAGUUUACUAAACCCGCUCGGGUCGUUGGCGUUAAUCAUGGGCCCCGAUAUGGUCAAGAAAGUCACAUUUGUCGUCUUAAUCGUAGGUUCAUUAUACAUGUUCGUCAUGUCGGCGUUUUUCAUCAUCAACGAUAUCGUCGACGCCGAAAUCACGGCAACGAUUAACGAGAAGAGAGAGAUGGAACAAGAAAUGGAACUCGAGCGCGAAAACUUAAUCACUGGCGCGGAAGCGUACGCAAAGCACGCGGUCGGUUUGGACACGCUAGAGGAAAAGGUUCACAAGACGUUGAACGAAACGGAAACGAAGAUUUUAGAUGCGACAGGUUUGACGCCGGUGUUGGAAAAGUACAACGAGGUGAAGAGUGAGAUUGAUCAGUAUUCAAAUGCAGCGCACGAUGCGGCGGUGUCGACGACCGUACCCCCAUCUGCUACUACCGCAAAUGCAACAGCCACUACGGCUACGGCGGUGCCCGUGGCUGCCACGCCGGCGGCGACGACAACCGUCGUCGCUACCGCGGCUACUCCGGCAGUAGCAACGACGGAUGAAGAAACCGCCGCUGCAGCAGCAGUUACGCCAGUUGCGACUGAAGAAGCAUCAACGGUGCCAACGACAGAAGCAGUUACGCCAGUCGUGACUGAAGAAGCAUCAACGGUACCAACGACAGAAGCAGUUACGCCAGUCGCGACUGAAGAAGCAUCAACGGUGCCAACGACAGAAGCAGCGCCAGUCACCGAGGCGUACAUGGGCCACCAUCGGUACGAUUUCGAGGACGAGCAAGACCGAUUGAACCAAUCCACGGACGGCGACGAGUUGGACGAGUGGUUCAGUAAGUAUUCGUUGCUCGGGAACGAACGAGAACGCGCGCAGAAGCUCGCCGAGCUCGGCAAGAGAAGAGACGCGACGGAACAACCAUCAAAGACGCACCAAAAGAUGCAUCGCAAGAUGCUUUUACCGAAUCCUUCGGUGAAUAAAAAAACAAUGUAUUGA